AUGAGAAAGUUUAAUGAGCUGAGGAGUAAAAUAUCCUCUAGAUCAAGAAGCAGACAUUCCAAUCAAACCAGCCAGGGUAUCAGUUCAGAUCCUAGGCACACAAAUCCAAUUGAACAGCAGCAAGCGCCUCCGCUUGAUUCCCCAACUCCUGAUGACAACAAAAACAACAGGAGGCUGAUUUCAAUCCACGAGGACCUUUGGAAUAGGGCUUACAAGGAGUUGAAAGAGGAUCCGGUCAAGGAGAAGUACAUGAAAACUUAUGAACAACUAGUAUCCGACAUCUUUUUGAGACAGCCCACCAAUGGAUCAGUGUGUGCCGAACCCGUCCAUGAAGGCAAAAGCGAUGCCGAUAAUGCACCAUGGACGGAAGACCAGUUACAACGCAUUAUCCAAAGAGGACUAGAUAAAGUCAAUGCAAGCCAGAAACGAAUUGACAGCGCGUCCGAGGUUUUCGACGUGGUGCAGAAUUUGAAGCCCAUAUUUAACGCCGUCCUGAGCAACACCCCACAUACUGCCCUUCCAUGGGCAAUCGUUUCCUCCACUCUCAGCAUUAUUGCAAAUCCAGUUCGAUCAACCAAAGCUCUUUACGAUGGGGUCAGCCACGUGGUUGGCAGGAUGCAGUGGUAUUCGAAGAUAACCGAUAGACUUCUUCAGACUGGUAGCGAGAAUGGCCACCACAGACUCGAAGAAGUCCGUAAGCAGCUUGAGACUGGGAUGCUCGAUAUGUACAAGUGUAUGCUCUUUUAUGAGAUCAAGUGUGUCUGUUUUUACCACAAGAACCAGUUUUCGGUCUUUGUCCGUGGCCUUUUCAAUGUUGAUGACUGGGAUGGAAGCCUGACGAAAAUCAAUGAGCAAGAAAAUGCUCUCCGAUCUGACCUGCAGCAAUACAAGCUGGAGCAGAUCCUUGAUGGGGUGGCCGCCAAAAAUAAAACGCGUGAUGGGGUUGACGACGAGUAUCGCGAGUGUCUGAAGUCUUUGGGCGUGGUAAACCCCCUGUUGAGAACCAAAGACAUUAUAGCACGAAAGAAUGAGGUUCUUAAAGACUGUUAUAAAUGGGUAUUUCAGACGAAAUCUUAUCAAGACUUCAUGAAUUGGGAAGGUGAGGACACGCCGAACCUGCUAUGGAUUCAGGGACAAGCGGGCACCGGCAAGACGAUGCUCCUAGCUGGGAUCAUGGAGGAACUGAAUACAUUCCCCGCUAACUCCGUCUCGCCAACAACUCUACAUUUCUUUUUCCAAGACAAGGACGGCCAGAUUGAUCAAAGUUUGAUGGCAGUGAAGAGCCUUCUAUGGUUAUUGCUGAGCCAAUACCCGUAUCUCGUGCAAUAUGUUCAUAAGCAGAUGCAGGGUUCACGCGACAAUUUAUUCGACGGUGAUUACGCCUUUACUAUUGCUUCUGAUCUGAUCCGAGCAAUGUUGCAGGACGAUAAGAUCGAUCCAGUCAUCCUUAUACUCGAUGGUCUAGAUGAAUGUGAGUAUAAGGCUAGGACAAUGCUAAUCAGCUUUCUUGGAUCGCUACUACAGCUGAACUCAAGAGACAACGUGAGGGUUAAGGUAAUCAUUUCAAGUCGUCCUCUGGAGGAGAUUAAAAUAGCAGUGAAGAGUAUCAAGUCCACAAUACUGAGAGCUACCAUUGAGGUUGACAACAUUUCGCUCGAUGCACCAAUCACCGCUUUUAUCGAAUGGAACAUUGGUCGGUUAGAAGAAUGUACCGAAGAUAAAACCCGUCUACUUGCACUUAGGAAGGAGCUUCGCAAACGGGCAAGCAACACCUUUCUAUGGGUUUCACUGGUGUGCCAAGAGCUCAGCCAUUAUGGGCUUCAUAUGUGGGAGGAUAUUCUUAGUGAAAUUCCAGAUGGCCUUGUAGAACUGUACAACAACCUUCUUGCCAGGCUAGAAGGGUCAAAAUAUAAACGUCAUGUUCAAACUUGCAAGAGGGUUCUUAUCAUUUCAAUAUUGGCAAAUCAACCAUUGAGCCUUAGUGAAAUAGCAUUGCUUGCUCAAAUAGAAGAAGGCUCGAUCCGAUCUAUCGUCCAUGACUGCAGGUCAUUCCUCACUAUCCAGGGAGAUACAGUCUAUCUGUUCCAUCAAUCUGUCCAGGAUUACCUGCAAGAUAACUAUAGCCGUUUGCAAAUCCAGCCCCGCGAACACAUCCACCGAUCAAUAUUCGAGUUGUCACUGAAAGGCAUGGAAGAUCAAUUACAAAGGAACAUGUACAAGCUUCCUUAUGCAGGUUCCAUCUUCGAGAUGAACAGCCUCCCAGAUCCAGACCCACUGCGUGCGAUCCGAUAUUCAUGUCGCUUUUGGGUACACCACCUGAAGCACAGCGAUUCCACGUACGAUGCAUGUGAUAUGAUUUACUCAUUCCUCCAAAAGCAUUUCAUCCAUUGGCUAGAAGCCUUGAGUCUUAUGCAUAUGAUGCCCGAUAGUAUCGAGAUCCUAGACGAGCUAAAACCACUAACCACUUCACAUUCUAUACUACAUGAGUUUCUUCAAGAUGCAAAAAGGUUUACCAUGAAGAAUCAGCACACAGCUAGCACCGCCCCGCUGCAGCUGUAUAGCUCUGGCCUUCUGUUCUCACCUCAGUCGAGCAUUAUCCGGCGAGAGUUUGAAAAGGAGAUUCCCGCUUGGGUAAUAAGGUUUCCCUCGAUUGAGUCGAAGUGGGAUGCGGUUUUACAGUCAUUAGACCACCCCUCCGAUGUGCGCUUUGCAUGCUUCUCGCCCGAUGGUCGACUCCUAGCAUCUAGCUCCUGGGGCAGUUCAAUAGCCGAAUACAGCAUUAUAAAUGUAUGUGAUGCAAACACGGGGGGACUAAAACAAAGGCUUAAAUCUUCCAACUCCAUGAGCUCGUUAGCGUUCUCUCCAGACAGCCAACGCCUAGUUGCGACGUGCUGGAACAACUGGAUCAGGGUUUGGGAUACCGUUACAUGGACCGAAUCAAAUAUUUCUCAUCCAUACGAAAGGUCUAUAAUAGGUUUUACUUCAAGAAACGACCUAAUAGUCUCUACAGCGGGGUUCUCAACACUUUCAAUAUGGAAUAUAAGCCUAUCAGCAUCCUACCCGAAGAUCAAGAUUGAAACGGAUGCGGAAAUCGGAGCAGUGAGCUUUUCACCUGAUGCUGAGCUGCUCGCCCACACUCGACGGGAUAAAACUAUCAGGAUUUGGAAGACCUCAACCGGUAUGUUUAAGCAGACCCUUGUGGACCUGGUAGGGAGCAUCGAGGACGUCUUGGCCUUUUCCCCUAAUAAUGACAUGCUCGUCUCGGGAUCCCGCGAUUCCUUUCGAUUAUGGAAGAUAGCAGCUCAAGAGCCGACCUUCACUUUCCCACACAGUGGGUCUGUCAAAGCAGUAGCAUUCUCCAGAGACAGCAACUUAGUUGCAUCAGGGUGUUCGGAUUAUGUCAUUCGGCUGUGGAACACACGUACUGGACACCUCGAGCAGGUCUUAGAAGGGCAUUCAUCCACACCCAUCUCUCUGUCGUUUUCAGUAGAUGGCCAAGUACUGGCGUCUGGCUCAGAGGAUCACACCCUUAAACUCUGGGACCUAACUCAAGGAAAAAGGGACCCAACACAGAAUUCCGAACGGAUAGCCCUGCCAUAUUCGGACAAUCUAUCGGACAUGACGAUUGCUGCGAUCGAGCUUUCCCCUGACGAGCAACAAGUAGCAGCGGGAUCAUGGGGCGGUGUUGUUACGCUGUGGGAUUUGAAAACUGGAAAUUUGCAAUACACUCUGAAGCAGACAACGUCUUGCUCACACUUAGCGUUCACACGAGACAGUCAGCAGCUAGUAUGGGCUGGCUUUGAAACUGAAAACCACGUGUGUAAUGCAAAAAGCGGGAGUUAUGAAGGAGAAACCAUGAAACGUCCGGCUCUACUGCGUCUACAGCGCGAGCCCUCAACGCGCAAGCCAGAGGUUCUGUUCGAGGAUGGGUGGGUGGUUGCAGUCAGCAGUGGACAGAGAAUCCUAUGGCUACCACCUGAACAUCGUCCUGCCCACUGCAUAGAUCUACAAUGCAUUAAAAACGGCAACAUGUUGAUUUGCGGAACUGAUAAAGGCCAUGUUCAUUUCUAUGAGUUUCAGGUAGGUGGGGAUUUGACCUGA